CUGCUGCUGCUGCUCCGGGCACCGGCCGCCGGCGCAGCCGGCGGCGCGGAGCUGGACGUGGCGGUCCCCGAGCGCGUGGGGCUGGAGAAGAUCCACCUGCUGGAGCCGGCGGGGGAAGCGCGGCAGAGCGGCCUCCGGCGCCCGCGUGCCCUGCCCCUGCCCCUGCCCCGGAGCGAGGAGGAGGAGGAGGAGGAGGGGGCCGUGCUGCUGCUGCGGCUGCCCACCUCCGGCUCGGAGCUCUACUUGCACCUCCGGCGGGACCCGCGCUUCCUGGCCCCCGGCUUCGCAGUGGAGGAGUGGGGCGAGCCCGGCCUGGCCCGCAGCCGCCCCCCGGCGCUGCCCGACUGCUUCUACACGGGCCGCGUGCUGAACCGCACCGACUCCUUCGCCUCCCUCAGCACCUGCGCCGGGCUGAUCGGCUACGUCCAGGUUGGAUCAGAACACUUGCUAAUACAACCGGUUAAUAUCUCGGAAACCUCGUUCAGCGGAAAAGAGCACUUUAUCCGGCGCAAACGGUCCUCAAAAUCCAGCCCUCCCGGGAGGUUGCGGGGUCCUGAUGAACACUGCAGUGUUGUGUCCGAAAAGAAGAGGCAAAAGAAGAUAAAAUCAGUAAAUGACUGGAGAGAGCGAAGAAAUGCCAUUCGACUCACCAAUGAGUAUACGGUAGAGACCCUGGUAGUGGCUGAUGCCAACAUGGUCCAAUACCAUGGUGCUGAGGCAGCCCAAAGAUUCAUCCUCACCGUUAUGAACAUGGUGUACAACAUGUUUCAACAUCAGAGUCUUGGAAUUAAAGUCAGCAUUCGGGUGACAAAGCUAGUCCUCCUUCGAAACCGUCCAGCAAAACUGUCCAUUGGGCACCAUGGAGAGAGGUCGCUGGAGAGCUUUUGCCACUGGCAAAAUGAAGAAUACGGUGGAGCCAAGUAUCUUGGUAAUAAUCAGGUUCCUGGUGCCAGGGAUGACACCCCGCCUGUGGAUGCUGCCGUCUUUGUUACCAGGACAGAUUUCUGCGUACACAAGGAUGAGCCCUGUGACACCGUGGGGAUCGCUUACCUGGGAGGUGUAUGCAGCGCCAAGAGGAAAUGUGUUCUUGCAGAAGACAACGGUCUCAAUCUGGCAUUUACCAUUGCUCAUGAGCUUGGGCACAACAUGGGGAUGAGCCAUGAUGACGACCAUUUAGCCUGUGCAGGGAGGUCACACAUCAUGUCCGGAGAGUGGGUGAAGGGCAGGAAUCCCAGUGACCUUUCUUGGUCUUCCUGCAGCCGUGACGACCUCGAAAACUUCCUCAAGUCCAAGGUCAGCACCUGCUUGCUGGUUACCGACCCCCGAAGCCAGUACGUGGUGCGGCUUCCUCACAAGCUGCCAGGGAUGCACUACAGCGCAGAUGAGCAGUGCCAGAUCCUCUUUGGGACCAACGCCACUUUCUGUAAGAACAUGGAGCAUUUGAUGUGUGCUGGGCUCUGGUGUCUGGUGGAAGGAGAUACAUCUUGUAAAACCAAGCUGGACCCACCUCUGGAUGGCACCGAAUGUGGCGCAGACAAGUGGUGCCGAGCUGGGGAAUGCGUUAGCAAGACUCCCAUUCCCGAGCAUGUGGACGGAGACUGGAGUGUGUGGAGCCAAUGGAGCAUGUGCAGCAGGACGUGUGGCACCGGCGUCCGGUUCAGACAGCGCAAGUGUGACAAUCCCCCCCCAGGGCCGGGAGGCAAGAACUGCCGCGGGGCAAGUGUGGAGCACACCGUGUGUGAAAAUUUGCCCUGUCCUAAAGGCGUGCCCAGCUUCAGGGACCAGCAGUGCCAGUCUCAUGACAGAUACAGCGCUAAAAAGAAAAGCCUCUUGACAGCUGUCAUUGUGGAUGAUAAGCCGUGUGAACUUUUCUGCUCUCCGCUGGAAAAGGAGUCCCCCGUGCUGGUGGCCGACAGGGUUUUGGAUGGCACGCCCUGCGGGCCUUACGAGACAGACCUCUGCGUUCAUGGCAAGUGCCAGAAAAUCGGCUGCGAUGGGAUCAUCGGUUCAGCCGCCAAAGAGGAUCGCUGUGGGAUCUGCAGCGGUGAUGGCAAAACCUGCAAAGUGGUGAAAGGCGAUUUCAAUCACACCAAGGGAAUGGUAACCAGUAGUCACUGUAAGAAGGUUUCCACGUGUGUGAUGACAAAGGCAAAGGCUGUUCCCAAGUGUUUCUCAUGUUAUAUCGAAGCAGCUGUGAUCCCCGCGGGUGCUCGCCGGAUCCGAGUGGUGGAGGAUAAACCUGCUCACAGCUUUCUGGCUUUAAAAGAUUCCAGUAAGAGAUCCAUUAACAGUGACUGGAAAAUUGAGCUUCCCGGCGAGUUUCAGAUCGCAGGCACUACCGUCCGCUACGUCCGAAGGGGGCUGUGGGAGAAAAUCUCAGCCAAAGGACCAACUAAAAUACCACUGCAUUUGAUGGUGCUGUUAUUCCACGACCAGAAUUACGGAAUUCAUUAUGAGUACACCAUCCCUGUCAACUACACCGCCGAAAACGGGAGCGAGCCCGAAAAGCAGCCGGAUUCAUUGUACAUCUGGACGCACAGCGGCUGGGAAGGAUGCAGCGUGCAGUGUGGCGGAGGUGAGCGGAAAACCAUCGUGUCCUGCACAAGAAUUGUUAACAAGACCAUGACACUGGUGAAUGACAGCGAGUGCCAGCGUGCAACUCGCCCGGAGCCCCAGAUCAGGAAGUGUAACACGCACCCCUGCCAGUCACGAUGGGUGACUGGCCACUGGAGCCCCUGCUCGGCCACCUGUGAGAAAGGCAUCCAGCGCCGGGAAGUGACUUGUGUGUACCAGUUGCAGAACGGCACCUACGUCAACACCAGAGACCUCUACUGCCUUGGCCACAAACCAGCAACGAUUCAGAGCUGCGAGGGCCGCGACUGCCUUUCUAUCUGGGAGGCAUCGGAGUGGUCCAAGUGCUCAGCAGAUUGCGGCAAGGGCGUCCAGAAGAGAACAGUAACAUGCACAAAUUCGCAAGGAAAAUGCGACGCAGCCACCAGGCCGAGGGACGAGGAGGAGUGCGAAGAUCACACGGGCUGUUACGAAUGGAAAACAGGAGACUGGUCUAAGUGCUCCUCCACCUGCGGAAAAGGCCUCCAGUCACGCGUGGUGCAGUGCAUGCACAAAGUCACCGGCCGCCACGGCAAUGAGUGCCCGGUCCUGUCCAAGCCAGCAGCCUACAGGCAGUGCCAUCAAGAAGCCUGCAACGAGAAGAUCAAUGUCAACACAAUUACCUCGCCCCGACUUGCUGCUCUCACAUAUAAGUGUACAGGGGACCAGUGGACGGUGUACUGCAGGGUGAUCCGUGAGAAGAACCUGUGCCAGGACAUGAGGUGGUAUCAACGCUGUUGCCAGACUUGCAGAGACUUUUAUGCAAACAAGAUGCAGCAGAAGAGUUAAUGAACCGGUGCUACUUCUUAGGGAGUUACAGCUGUGUGUAUGUAAAUCAUGGACUUGUAGGUCUGAGUACUGGAACUUAAUGAAUUGCUACAGUGCGGUGGAUUCCAAAGCAUACCUAAUAAGACUUGAAACUAAUUCUGCAGACUGGACGUACCAAAGUAAUCCACUCCUCCACCUUACAAACACGAACAAAGAGUCAUCUCAAGGAGCCAAUCAUGUAGAAUGUUAUUGUGUUUGGCAGCAUCGCCUUCUUCAUGCUUUUUACUUUAAUAUAUUAAUUACUAGCCACUGGAUGGCUUGCUACCAGUAAAAAAAAAAGACAAGAGUCGCAAAGUGAUUGAACUGACCAAGGUUGUGUGUGCCUCUGGCAAAUAAUUUAGCAAAGGUGUAGACAUUACUUAAUGCUUCAGUCUUGGCUUCCCUUCCAGCUGAUGUUCUUAAUUCCCAACAGCUACAGUGCUAUGGGGUGGGCUCGGAGAGACACACAUAAAUGAAAUGCUUAAUUUAACAAAGGGGAUUUGCUAUAAAAGCUUGUGAAAACUGAUAGCAGAGGAUGGACGUCUCUGAGAUUUCUGCAGCGAGCUCAGUGCUAUUGUAUCCAACGCUCCAGUUAGUAGACUUUUUUCUUUAAGCAAUCGUACUAAAGGGGAAUUUUUUAUCCUCUCCAGUUCUGAACGCACAUCGUCUCUCUCUCUGUCUCCCUCCCUCUCUCUCUCAUUCUCAAAAUGCAUUUUCUUUCCUGGCCCCUUCCAUUUCUCUGAGCUUAAAAGAGACUAGAAACUUAUUAACCCGGCAUCAAAAAGUGAGAAAUGUCUGGGAGUAGCCAGAAACCAUUUUCACUCACAGGGUUUUUUGGGGAGCACUCUCUUGUUUCAUCUCCUCUUUCCAACCAUUAGAAAUCAAUCCGAUAAGGAGGCAGACUGUCGUUUCUUAAGGGCACUGUGAAACUGUGUUAGGAUGUAUCAGAAGUAGAGACUGGGACAAUAUUUGCGUGGGGGCUACACUAGAAACCCAAAACAGGUCUUUCCCACCUGUGGGCUCUGCCUCGUUGUUAUGUUAUAAAGCCUUUGGGAGACAGAGGCAGCAGUUAACAAGUACAUGGAGUGAAAUCCCAUCUUACUGAAAGCCAACACUUCUGUGGGCUUCACGUGGGCCAAGAGUUUGCUCUUUGUGUCUAAAUGCUUCUUGUUUCAUCUGGUGCGUUAUUGGGCUUGUCUUAUCAAGGCAGCUGGCAAGUGCUGUGUAAAUAAUCCUCAAAACAUCUCAGUGCUUCCCUGAGAUGCAAGAUAGGAACAGGAGCUACCAACAAGGCAGCAUUUGUCCCUUUCAUGCGUCUUUGCAGAUCAGUGCAUCUCUGUAAGUCAGACCUGGACCCUGUCCCCUGCCAGGGCGCGUGGCUCCCUGUGUAGUGCUUAGUUACACUCUUGCUCGCUGUGCUAUUAACACAUGAAUUACAGCGUUGUGUUUGCUCUAGCCCCCUACAUUCAUAUUUACUUACUUAGAGAUUCAAGCACAGUUUGCAUCCCAAACACU